ACAAAUCGCCCAUUCGACUGGGCUGACGGUAAAAUUGGCCUAGAUGCAAGCGCGUCGGUUGACGGUCCAGCACAGUGCACAGGCUUCGAUUCAGCCAAUCACAACGCAGGAAUCCCCUCCCCACGGAUUGCCCCCUCGAUCCGCGUGACACCUUCCACUCUCCCAACCCCAGCCAGUCAGAACGCACGAACCUCCUUCCCACGGAUCGCCGCCCCCACCCCCACAAUCCGCGUGCUCACCGCCAAAAACCAAUCUCAACCGCCCAUCCCACUCCAAUCCAACGCCCCAAACCCCAUUUCCCUCCACGAAACCUCGCUCCCCGCCCCCAAAAUUUCCCAAUCUCCCGCCCGCCCCUCACCUAUUUAAUCAAUCCGCCGCUCCGCUUCUCAUCUCACACAGCAAUUGCCCAAUCUCCCGAGCAAUCACUCCAAGCCACUAGCAAAAGCAAAACCCUUAGCCUUCCUCUCCUCCCCACUCCCCCGAUGGCCCGCACGAAGCAGACGGCGAGGAAGUCCACCGGAGGCAAGGCUCCGAGGAAGCAGCUGGCGACUAAGGCGGCGCGCAAGUCGGCCCCGGCCACCGGUGGCGUGAAGAAGCCACACCGCUUCCGGCCCGGCACCGUCGCCCUCCGCGAGAUCCGCAAGUACCAGAAGAGCACUGAGCUGCUGAUCCGCAAGCUGCCGUUCCAGAGGCUGGUGCGGGAGAUCGCGCAGGACUUCAAGACCGACCUCCGCUUCCAAAGCUCCGCCGUCGCCGCGCUGCAGGAGGCCGCGGAGGCGUACCUCGUCGGGCUCUUCGAGGACACUAACCUCUGUGCCAUCCACGCUAAGCGCGUUACCAUCAUGCCCAAGGACAUCCAGCUCGCCCGCCGCAUCCGUGGUGAGAGGGCCUAGGCUUCGUCGCCAUAGAAGUGGAAGUAGUAGUUCCCGUCGAUGUCAGAUCAGGAGAUGUAUGCAUGUCCUUGGUUGUGUUGGUCUAAUGAGGUUAAAGGCGUAGUUGGUAGUUUGCUGCUGUAAUUUACCCCAUCUUAUCUGCUACAUGUACCUCGGUGUUGCAAUGGAAGUAUGAAAUGUCAAUGAACACCCCACUUAUCAGUUCUCGCAA